AUCGUAAUAACCAAGAAAAAUUAACAAACACAACUAGAAUUCAUGAUGAUCCUGCUCUGCGUCAUUACCAUUUUGGUCAUGGUUUAGGGCACCCUUUGAGGGCUUCUGUGGCCCGUGCGACCGAACGUCAGGCCUUUUCCGCAGUGGUUAUCGCCGUGUCCAGCCGGAGCACCAUCUCUUCAAUUAACCCCAAUGUUGAACUUGAGGACCCCCGUCGCGAGUUUUCGCAAGGCUAUAUGCAGCACAGCAAGACGUAGCUUGUUUCCUCGAAAUCGGGACCUGCUCACUUUUGCUAUUGAAACUUCUUGCGAUGACACUUCAGUCGCAAUUGUUGAAAAGAAUGAAACCACAAAUGCCGCUAAGAUCCAUUUCCUUGAGAACGUAACGGCCGAUUCAAACGAGUACCGAGGUGUCCAUCCCAUUGCAUCACUCGAGUCACACCAAGAAAACCUCGCGAAACUGGUUGAUAAGGCGCUGAGGCAUUUGCCCGUCGCUUCGGACAAUGUUGAAGGACACCGAUCGAUAACGCUCGCGGAUGGCUCCCAGCCGCGCUACAAACCGGACUUUGUGUCCGCUACUCGAGGGCCGGGGAUGCGAGCGAAUCUCUUCGUCGGCUUAGAUACAGGGAAAGCGUUGUCAGUUGCGUGGCAAAUCCCUUUCAUGGGUGUUCAUCAUAUGCAAGCUCAUUUGUUGACACCCCGGCUUGUAUCGUCUCUCAGUCAGAAUCAAGGGACCAGUGGUCACACCUCACCGUCACCGCCUGUUACACCAGAGUUUCCCUUUCUGUCUAUCCUUGUCUCGGGCGGCCAUUCGAUUCUUGUGAAAUCAUCAACCCUUACGGACCACAAGAUCAUGGCCUCCACCGCGGACAUAGCAAUUGGCGAGUCGCUUGACAAAUCGGCCAGGGAAAUUCUUCCUGAUUCCUUACUGCAGAGUGCGAAGAAUACCAUGUACGGCAAAAUGCUAGAGGAAUUUGCUUUCCCAAAUGGUAGCACCGAUUAUGCUGAUUAUCGCCCUCCGAUGAACCGUGGCGAGGAACUCGUCAAGCGGGAGACCCCAUGGGGCUGGUCCCUGACGACCCCGUUUGCUAAUACUCGCAACCUGCAAUUCAGUUUUUCAUCUAUUGCCAGUGCGGUCAAGAAGAUCAUCACACAAAAAGAGAACUCCGGACAGAGCUUUUCCCAUGAAGAACGAGUUGAUAUGGCCCGCGAAUCCAUGCGGGUCUGUUUCGAGCAUCUCGCCUCUCGGACGAUCAUCGCUCUUGAGACACUUCGUCAACAGAAGCCUGACGAUGAGGUAAAGACCCUCGUGGUCAGCGGUGGUGUCGCGGCCAAUCGUUUCCUCAUGACUGUUUUGCGCUCAUUCCUCGAUGUCCGCGGUUUCAAUCAUGUCGACAUUUUCGCACCCCCUCCGUACCUGUGCACCGACAAUGCUGCGAUGAUUGGAUGGGCUGGCCUUGAGAUGUUUGAGGCGGGCUGGCGCACAGAUCUCAGUUGCCGCGCUCUCAGGAAGUGGAGCCUUGAUCCGCAAGCCGAUGAUGGCGGCGUUCUGGGCCCCAGCGGAUGGCAGAAAGCCUAGGCCUAUCUUCGAUGACGGUUAUUCAUUGUCUUCACUGUACACUAGUAAUACCCUUGUACACCACUCAUCCUUUUACUUCUAGUUGAUGUAUAUAUACUCUCAAUUUAAAGAUAUA